AUGCAUAAUUUAUUGGGUGUUUCUCUGGUACACAAUCAUUUUCAAUUGAAUGAUGGUGAAUAUGUUGAGACAGCUGUUAAAUCUAUCGAUAUCGACGUUGAACAAUUGAUGGGCAAUUAUUCAACUAAUGGCCAUUCAUUUGUAUUUCAUACCAAGGCUUCAACAUCAUCAUCAUCAUCAAUGAACAGUGCUGUACCAUACAUGUGGGCAUAUGACAAGACUACAAAUGCCUAUUUUCCAACUCAAUCUUUUGAUGGAAACAACAAUAAAAUUGUUGAACGUUUGACAAAAUUGUGCGAUCGAAUCAAUUUGAUCGAAUUUCUCAAUGAAUACAAAGUUGAACUAAUGAAAUAUGGUUUAGAAAAUGAUCUCGGUUUGGUGAUGGCUCCGUUGAUGCGGUCUCCAACAUUAGAAUCAUCUGACGCAGCUGGUCCUUCUGAUUUAUUGCCAUUUGCGUUGCGUGUCUCUACGGGACGUUGUGCAUUUGACUUAGACUUAGACUGCUCUAAUUGUCGUGCCACGAUCAAUACAACCACUAUAGCUAUGCGACGAACCAUCAAUACAAGCAUAAGCCAUGCAAAUACGGUACCCGGUUUAAUGGAAUAA